AUGGCACUCUCUGAGGAACUCUCUUCCUUGAAGAUGAAAGAAGGGGAGGGGGUGGCUGCAUACUGGGCGCGUGCCGAGGACUUGAGGUCCAAGUACUUGGCUGCAGGAGGGAAGGAGGAGGUUGAGGAGUGGAUGAUGAGGGUACUCAAAGGACUACCUCCUCACUUUGAGAUGCUGAAGGUAGUGCUGAACAACCAAUCACCAUCGCUUACUAAGGAUCAACUGCUUACCUCCUUGAGGAGCGAGGAGAUGCGGAUUGGUGUCGCACCAAGAUCGGAUGGUGUAGCCACUUUUGGAGCGGGUACGAAAGUGGGCAGCAUCAGCGACAGGGGAAAUUUGGACAAGGGAGGAAAGCAUGGAGGCAGCGGUAGCAGCAGUGACACCAACUCGGGCAGAUGCGGUCAAGGAAAAGGCAAAGCGGGAGUGCUUGAUUUCCCCUGGGGAUCCAAGGGCACGGCUCCGCGGGGGUUGUGUCAUGGCUGUUGGGAUGAGGGACAUGCAUGGCAGCGAUGUCCUUAUCGACCUAAGGAAGGCAUUCCGGCAAGCUUAAAGCGGGGGGGUCGUGGAUCCAACGGCAAGGCACAGGUGGCGGAUGAGGAGGAGCAGGAUGACAAGGCAAAAGCAGUGGUUGGAGAGGCAGUUGCAGCAGUGGGAGAGGAGCAGCCGCGAGAGGGGUGGUGGAUUGACAGUGGGGCCAGCCACAACUUUACUCCUUAUGCAUCGGACUUCAAAAGUAAGCUUCAGCCACCAGAGGUUCGGGGAGUUAGAUUGGGAGAUGGACAGGUGGUGAAAGCUGUUGGCAUGGGUGAGGUGCCAGUGGUUGGUGCUGGAGGUCAGCUGCUGAGGAUUCAAAAGGUCCACCUUGUGCCUGAGAUGCACACGCGUCUGCUGUUAGUCCCACACCUCACCUCUCGAGAUGUCAUUGUCACAUUCAAGGGCAAGAAAUGCGUUCUUAAACAGGGGGAGAGGGUGUUGGCGAUUGGAGAAAAGGAAAGGGGCAGGGACCAUGGAUUGGUGCGGAUGUCUCUUCCUCUUGCUCGGGGCACACAAGGCAGUGCUCUUGCAGCUGGGUCCUCCUCCUCAUUUUCCCCAUUGACCCUUGCUCAUCGCUGCCUUGGUCACACCGCCCCCACAACAUUGCAACAAAUGGCUCGGGGGAACGGUGUACUGGGCUUGGAGAUCGGGGGGGGGGGAAGCACUGAUUGCUCCCCAUGUGAGCCUUGCUUAUUGGGAAAGUCGGCUUGGAAGCCGUUUCCCCACGAGGCGUCUCGGGCACUUGGGCCUUUGGAUGAGGUCCACAUGGAUUUGUGGGGGCCAGUGCGCACACCAUCACUGGGAGGAGCGGUGUAUGUCCUCAAUCUCAUUGACGACUUCACCAGACGAGUUUGGUCGUUCCCACUCCCCAACAAGGAAUAG